CAUUUAUUGGGUUUUGGAAUAUAAAUUGUAUGAGGCCAUAAUUAUCAUUAUUCACUAUCACGUCGUGCACGGCAAGGACUGCACCCCGCCCUUUUGUCCUUGCGAAAACCGGGGUGGGAUCCAUUUCACCUUUGUCGCGAAGAACCAUAGCCACUCAGUUUCCGUUUGGGGGACCUUUUUCACCUCAGAUCUCGCCGGACGGUCCACACCAUCACUGGAUUUAAUGCAGGAAUCCAGCCGUCACUAAUGGCCAUUCCCGACAUGCCUCCAUUAUUCUCAAGACCGGCCAGCCUAUGUGGUUCCAGACCGGGCAUUGCGCGAAGGGUGUGGUGUUUGCUAUUAAACCCCCUCACUUGGAUGAUCAUUCGUUCGACGCUUUUAGGAAGAGGGCUAUCGCAACAGGAAACACGAAGGUGCAGCACUUUCUCUAUGCGUACACGGGCUGGCUGUUUUUAGCUUCGGCAUUCGCGACCGCAAUAAAGUUGAAGACACACUUUGUUAACUACCUCGAUCAUUCCUAAGGUCAACUUCGGGCCUAACGGCGAACUUGUGUACGACCCCACCUAUUAUCGUGCAUAACCAAGUCGCGGGUUUGCUACGGUGGAUAUAGUGUUUUACUUUUCCUGACAUCCCUCAGGAGCGACUUGCACUGUCCU